UCACUAUAUCAUGUAAAAAUCUUAUGGCUGACAUUAAAAACAGGAGGAAUAUGAAGCUUUCAUGUGAGUGUGAACAGAUAGAACUUUUGAAAUUAAGUCAGUCUAAUCCAAGCUUUUGUUUUGUUAGGAACCUGGCAUGCUGGUAAGUUUUAUGGGUAUCAUCAUGUGGCGCAAACAUCCUCAGUUGAGUAUGCACAUGUCCACAGCAGGAACAACUAACAACUGCCUCCACAUGGUUCAUCCAGAUACCUUACAGGGCUGUUUGAAGGGCAGAUGCUUGUGUGUGGGAGUAAAAGACUCCAUGCAGGGACCAUCUAGUGCAAGAGUCUACUUCAAUAACACAGCUGUCAUAUAUCCACUAGGCCUCCUCCCUGGGAUGAUGGUGGAGUUUCUCAGAGUUGAUAAGAGGGUGUCAAGGUCAGGAAACACAUAUUUUCAGUUUUUAUCUGUGUCCAGUCUGCGCAUCCUCAGUGGACCAAAACAAACAGCAAACCUCCCAAACAAGGAAGCUAGCAGAGAACCAGUCAGUUGGAAAGAUGCACAGUUCCAGUUACUUGUGUCACUCUGGGAAGAUCAGAAAUCCCAAACUAUCUUCAUGGCCCAAUGCCAGAUCUGCCGGUUCUUUCGGAUCAGCCUGAAGUCAAGAUUGUGGUCUGUGUGGCGCCAUCAUGAAUACAGUCAGCUGCACAGCUCCUGCCUGUACCAACUCCAGCCACACAAUACUGUCAUCAAACAUGAGUAUUCUGAUAGAGGAUGGAUCAUGCCAAGCCUUGGUGUCCAUCAAAUAUGGUGGAGUGGAUGUCGCACAAAGAUUGUUGAAACUCUCUCAACAAGAAUGGUUUUGCCUGGAGAAAGUUGUGCAGAAGCAAGGGGAAGUUUUUAUCCAAAAUUUUGACAGGCCUGGUGGCACUGCUGCUGAGGUGUUUGUGUCACAACUGUGCAACAGUGUUGAUGUGAGGAGACCGUGCAUAAUGCUUCUGCAGAAGUCCAUGUCAUCCUACAAAAAGGCAGCUGGCAUCGAUGACUUGUCCCAAAACGAUUUGGUGACCCGAAAGAUUAAUACCGGUGAAUUGACUGUGGAAACGCUGUGUUUGCCGUACUUGCAACUGGAAUGUCUUGACAUCCAGGAAGUUUGAUGGAAACCUUGCAUUCUGAACUUAAUCUAGACAUUCUCACUUUUCUCCUGAAAGACAAAGCAAAGCUCCUCCCCCAACAACUGUUUUUCUCUCAACAACUCCAAUUUUACUCCCUUCUGCUGUUGUCAAUACCUGGCAAUGAUCAAGAUACUCAGUCACAGAUUGUGACAAAGUUUGUUUAUUCUUGCUUGCUAGACCAAGAUGAGAUCUUAGCAUGUGUCAGACAAUGAUCAAGCAUCUACAAAGGUGUGAACAGAAUCUUAACAUGCUGGUAGGCAAGGUCCACAAAGUAUCGUUAUGUUUAGAAUGUCCUUGUGUUGUUAUAAUUACUAAUGUAUUGAUCUGACAUAUAAUUCUGCAUUAUCAAGGCUUUUGUACAUUUCUAAUGGCACAAGAGACAGAUCUUAUUACCUGUUGUGAUUAUGGACACAAAUUUUAUACCAGUAUUAUAAAGACUACUGACUUCCAAAUACAUUAUCAUUUAUAUUUUAUAGCAUUUGCAUUGCAUAUAAAAUUCCUUGAAGAACAAGAAAUAUUUUUUCCACCUUCAUACAUUUGCACCUUUAAAUCACAAUCUCGUAAGGUCUUGAAAUUGCAUUUUCUUUAAUAUUUACAACAGUUAGUGCAUCGAUCAUUCACCCUUUUUUUUUUUAAUAUAUACUUCCCCUGUCUCAUUUGAAGGAACAAUUUGUACAAGUCUCAACAGAAAUUUUACACUAAUUUUUAACCUAGCCGAAAUUGAAUUGCAGGUGCAUAAUAGCUAGGUCAUAAUUUUGUUCCCCUAUAAAUUUCUAUACCAAAUGCUUUAAUGUCCCACUCAAGAAUUUUUAAACUGCUCCUCUGCAAGUAAUCCUACAUAUAUAAGAUAAAUAGUGGUCAUUUCAAAAACAAACAAAGCUAGUUCUUAUGCUGUAUCCUGUUGUACUACAAAACAUAAACAGUUCCAUAAA